GCAAACGCGAAGUCCGUAUUCGUGUUUCCUAGCUAGGUCAUUGCGACUCCGAGUUUGUGACCUCCGCGUUCCCGCCCGUCCGCCGCCGCCGCCGCCAAAAUCGUAAUCACCGACGUCCCCAGCGGGAUCAUGUCAGGCAACCCUGGAUACGCGGCUGCCCCGAAGCGGCACCGGAGGCGGCGCCCGAGGGACGCGGAGGAGGGCUCCGGGUUCCCCAGGGCUCGGCCAAGAGGUGCCGACCAGGUCCGCGAGGUGGCCGUGGUGCAGCCGGAGGUUACGGCUAUGGAUGUCGAGCCGAGUAGCAGCGCCGCAGCAGGAGGCGUGGACGGAUCGUACCUCAGCGGCACACGGUUUGAUCAGUGUGCUGUUUCCCCAUUGUCAUUGCAAGGAAUCAAAGAUGCUGGGUAUGAAAGGCUGACCCGGGUCCAGGAGGCAACUCUGCCAGUAAUUCUUGAAGGCAAAGAUGUUCUUGCAAAAGCAAAGACUGGAACAGGGAAAACCGUUGCCUUUUUGCUUCCAGCCAUUGAACUUCUCUCUACAUUACCCCGUUCUACAUCGAUAAACUUGCUGGUGAUGCUCCCUACUAGGGAGCUGGCAAACCAAGUGGCUGUUGAGGCUAGGAAGCUUCUUAAGUAUCAUAGCUCACUGGACGUGCAGGUUGUAAUUGGUGGCACACGAUUACCUCAAGAGCAACGAAGCAUGAAAUCUACACCAUGUCAGAUUCUUGUUGCUACACCUGGAAGGCUCAUCGAUCAUCUUGAGAAUACACCUGGUUUUUCUACCAGGAUUAAAGGUGUGAAGGUUCUUGUUCUUGAUGAAGCUGACCGCCUAUUGGAUAUGGGAUUCAAAAGAGAUAUUGAGAAGAUAAUUUCUUUCAUUCCUAAAGAGCGACAAACACUGCUAUUUUCUGCUACUGUCCCAGCAGAGGUCCGUCAAAUAUCUCAUUUAGCAAUGCACAAGGAUUACAAGUUCAUCAAUACUGUUCAAGAGGGUGACGAGGAGACACAUGCGCAGGUAAAUCAGAUGUACAUGGUUGCCCCAUUAGAAUUGCACUUCUCUAUAAUAUAUGGUGUACUAAAGAAGCAUGUUGCUGAAGAUGCAGAAUACAAAGUGAUUAUAUUCUGUACUACAGCAAUGGUGACCAAGCUUGUUGCUGAAAUUCUCUCCCAGCUGAAACUGAAUGUAAGAGAGAUCCAUUCAAGGAAGACGCAAUCUGCUAGAACUAAGGUUUCAGAUGAAUUUAGAAGGUCAAAGGGUUUGAUAUUAGUCAGUUCUGAUGUUUCUGCCCGUGGUGUUGAUUAUCCAGAUGUUUCACUUGUCGUACAGGUUGGGGUGCCUUCUGAUAGGCAACAGUAUAUACAUAGACUUGGUCGUACUGGACGGAAAGGCAAGGAAGGACAAGGCAUUUUACUGUUGGCUCCCUGGGAAACACAUUUCCUUAAUAGCGUCAAUGAUUUGUCAAUAACAGAAACUGUGGCACCUCCAGUCAAUCCAAGCAUUCAAGCAGAAGUCCAAGGUGCCAUCAGAAAAGUAGAGAUGAAGACCAAAGAAUCAGCCUAUCAAGCAUGGUUAGGGUACUACAACUCAAACAAGACCGUCAGUGGAAACAAGUCCAGACUUGUCAAGCUUGCAGAAGAGUUCAGUCAGAGUAUGGGGCUUGAAAUUCCGCCAGCCAUACCGAGACUCAUUCUUCGGAAGAUGGGCCUUCAAAAUGUUCCUGGACUAAGGGCUUCGUAAAUCUGAUGGUUCAAGGUCAAGAAGGACUUGUGUGCUAGAACACACUAUUGGCAUUUGAACAAUCAUAGUGCUCUCACCCAGCCUCGUAAACUAUGCUUCACCGCUGCUGUAUCCGAUGCCGUGCUCUUUCUGAAUCGAGCUCGAGUGAAGCUUGGGAUGCUCCUUCAUAUAAUAUGGUCCUGAGCUGUUCCGAGGAGUGAAAAAAAUGCGUAUUUGGCAAUUCGCCUCUAGUCAAUGACAAUAUAUAAUGCACUCACAUUGCAACAUUAUUAUUUAUCAGCUUGUAUCAUUUAUGCUAUCAUAUGGAAUCAGAAUCAUUAUUCAUUACCAGCCUAUGCUGUCUCAUUAA